AUGCGCAGCUUCAUCGCCGCCGGUCUCUCCCUCCUCACCCUGGCCUCCGCCCAGCCUUUCGAACUCGAGAAGCGCUCCGCGACGUGCAUGGCCACCAAGGAUGCCGUCAAGGUCGCCCAGAACUUCCGUGCGCUCAUCCACGAGGAGUUCAACACCACCCUGGCUCAGACCGCAAUGACCAAGGACUUCACCGACUACUCUGACUCCGUUAUCACCCUCAUCAACGGCGGCUGCGUCGAUGGCCCCGUCGCCCUCACCACCCCGACCUUCAGCACCCGCAAGGAGUUCAUCGCCGGCCAGUCCAGCCAGCCGCCGAUCCCCUUCAAGAUCCUCAACCUGUGGCACACCUGCAGCACCGUCAUCAUCCGCUGGCGCGCGUCGGCCCCGGGCACCAUCACCACCACCCAGGAGCCCGUGACCGGCAUCAUCGUGAUCGAGACCCAGCCCAACAGGAAGAAGGUCAACGACCAGCCGUUCUUGAUCCAGACUGUGUUCUCUGAGUUCAACUCCGGCGCCUGGCUCUACGACCUCGGCGUGUUCGACCCGACCUGCCCUGCUCCCCCACCACCGAGCGGCAAGCGCUCGAUCGCCAUCUAA